CGUCAAUCCAGCUCCGCCAAGCAGCAGUAGCAUAUAUAAGCACAGCGUAUCACCUAAUGAUGUAAAUGAUAGCACAAGCUUGGGCAUCUAUCAGCUGCUGCAUUUGCUCUAAAUACGAUUAUAAAGGCACGCGCAUUCAAUACGUACCAACAGCGACCGGCACAAAUCAAAGAACGAAGCAUCCGUUCAUUCCAUUCUUAAAGUCGCAAGCUCAACAGCAAGGUGAUUCUGCAACGCACAACGGACUCUACAACACAGCAAGACACCAUGACAUCCCUCUUUCCACACCCACAAUACGCAGAAGACCAGCCCUCCGCCCACGCCAUCCUCUACCUGCACGUCCUUCGCGCCUCAACAAUGACAUUCUCCUUCCUGUCUGUGCCCUACACCGGCAUCUCCCUACUCCGCUCGCGGAUCAAAGCACAACCCGUCACCAUGAGCACCGUGCUAACGCGAACCCUCUUGAACUCCGGACGCGGCCUCAUCCUUGGAGCGGUUGCUGGUGUGGCGAUGACGUGGGGACGUAUGAGAGGCAGGAGUGAGGUCGAGUGGCAGGAUCGCAGUUGGCGGCUGCUGGAGAAUAAGGGCGAAGUGGAUACGGAUUGGGAGAUCAUUGGGGCAACGGGGGUAGGUGCGCUUGCUGGUGUUGUUGCGACGAGGAGUGGUGUUGUGCGUUUAAAUGCUGGCAGAGCGGUGAUGGGGGGUGCGGGACUAGGAUUGGGGAGUGGUGUUUUGUUUAUGGUUGGGACAUAUGUUGCUGGGAGGAAGCCACGGUAGGGAGUGGUGAACGCUCAGUGUUGUGUAUGAUAGGAUAGGACGG